CCCCUGUGCUCUUAUUCUUCUUCCAUAUACCAUGGGAAACGGAAACUCAACGGAGACGAAGGAGUCGCGCCGAUCAAAGAUGCGACAGAAGCUUCAGAGCUUCAGCAGCCGCCGCCGUCUUCGUCGUCCAGGAUCCGGAAGCGUCUCCGGCUUGGCCAGUCAGAGAUCUGUGAGCCAAGAGGAUUUCGCCGGCAUUGCUCUCCUCACUCUCAUCGGCGCGGAGAUGAAGUUCAAGGACAAGUGGCUCGCCUGUGUUUCCUUCGGGGAACAGACGUUCCGUACGGGAAUCUCAGAUUCUACGGAUAAGCCGGUUUGGAGUUCGGAGAAGAAGCUCCUUUUGGAGAAAAAUGGACCAAGUCUGGCUAGGAUCUCUGUAUUUGAGACCAAUAGGCUGUCGAAGAACAAUAUCAUCGGUUACUUUGAGCUCGAUCUCCUUGAGUUUGUUGUGCAGGAACCUGACUCUACUUGCAAGUCCUUUGAUCUUUUAGACCCGACCUCGUCUAAUGUUGUGGGCAGCAUGUUCAUUUCUUGUUCCGUUGAGGAUCCUGUUGAAACCGAGACAUGUUUCGCGAAGCGAAUUUUGUCCAUAGUGGACUAUAAUGAAGAUGGGCAUCUCUCAUUCUCAGAAUUCUCUGAUCUGAUGAAUGCUUUUGGGAAUCUAGUGGCUUCUAAAAAGAAAGAGGAGUUGUUCAAAGCGGCUGACCUUAAUGGAGAUGGUGUUGUUACGAUUGAUGAGUUGGCUGCACUUCUUGCUGUUCAACAAGAAAAAGAGCCAAUUAUAAAUAAUUGUCCGGUCUGCGGCGAGGCUCUUCAACUGUCUGACAAGCUCAACGCAAUGAUCCAUAUGACUCUUUGUUUUGACGAAGGAACUGGUAAUCAAAUGACCGGAGGGUUCUUGACUGAUAGGCAAGCUUCAUAUGGGUGGAUGUUCAAACUAAGUGAAUGGACUCAUCUAUCAACUUAUGAUGUUGGUUUGAAUACUGGUUCAAGUGCUUCACAUAUUGUGGUGAUUGAUAGGAAGACUAAGAGGCUCGUCGAAGAGUUGAUUGAUUCAAAGAUUGUUAUGUCGAUGAGAGCAAUUUACCAGUCAAAAAUUGGACUCGGGCUUAUGGACCAAGGAGCAAAAGAGAUUUUGCAGAACCUUUCUGAGAAGCAGGGGAAGAAAAUGAACACAGCUGAAUCUGCUCAAAAUAUACCCAGCUUUCUCGAGUUUUUCAAGGAUCAAAUAAACAUGGCUGAAGUCAAGUAUCCGCUAGACCAUUUUAAGACGUUCAAUGAAUUCUUCAUACGGGAGUUAAAGCCUGGUGCAAGACCAAUUGCGUGCACUGAUAGGGAUGAUGUUGCUGUAUCAGCUGCUGAUUGUCGAUUAAUGGCGUUUCAGUCGGUAGAUGAUAGCACGCGGUUCUGGAUUAAGGGCCGCAAGUUCUCAAUUACAGGCCUCCUUGGGAAGGAUGUGGAUUCAGAUGCUUUCCUUGAUGGAUCUUUGGUGAUAUUCCGAUUGGCUCCACAGGACUAUCAUCGUUUUCAUUCUCCUGUUUCGGGCGUCAUUGAAAAGUUUGUUGACGUCCCUGGAAGCUUAUACACAGUUAAUCCGAUUGCAGUGAAUAGCAAGUACUGUAAUGUGUUCACUGAGAAUAAACGGACCGUCGUAAUGAUAUCAACAGCAGAGUUUGGAAAGGUCGCAUUUGUUGCGAUUGGAGCUACAAUGGUUGGUAGCAUCACCUUCGUUAGAAAAGAGGGAGACCACAUAAAGAAAGGGGACGAGCUUGGUUACUUUUCAUUUGGUGGAAGCACAGUUAUAUGCGUCUUUGAAAAGGACUCGAUUAAGCUUGAUGAGGAUCUCCUAGCUAACAGCGCUAGGUCCUUGGAGACAUUAGUUACUGUUGGAAUGCAACUAGGUGUCUCCUUUCCAAAGCUGGAAAACUGUUCUCUUGAAUCCUGAACUGCUUCAAACUCAAAGAUACUGAUGAUCUGCUUCGGUUUGGUUUGCUUUGUUUUAGUUUUCUUUUUUUUUUUCCGUGAGAAACUCAAAUCCUCUUUUGUUUGAUACUCAGUGACUUUGUUCUGUAUACAUAAACACCAGUAUGUCCCGGGCAUUGGUACUUGUUAAUAUUUACUGUGUUUCGUUUA